GAGAUUUCAAAGCCUCAGGUUAUUAUAAGUGAUCGAUAUCAGGCAUUAAUGCAUGCUAUACGAAUUAUCUUUCCUGAAUCACAAAACUUUUUAUGUGUCUGGCAUAUUGAAAAAAACAUAUUGACCAAUUGUCGUAAUCAGUUCCCUACGGACGAAGAAUGGAUUGAAUUUUUGGGCAACUGGAUUACUGUCAUUACCAAAGUUUCUAUAUUCGCAUUGAAAAAAGUGCAUAAGCAAUUAUUAAAAGUAUCCUGUGCAACUUUAGAAAACCCAUUACAACCUUGUAGUGGUACCUUCACAUCAUCAAUGGGUCUUCCUUAUAUUCACAAAAUUCAGGAACGUCUUAUUAAUAAUCAAUAUUUGCAACUUACCAAUUUUCAUCAACAUUGGUGGCUUCAAGAAUGUCAAUUGCUUCCACAAAUACCAAAUAAAACUGAAGAUCCCUUACAACAACAGUGGCAAGAAUAUGAGCAGAUAUUUGAUACUUGGCCAAUUAAUUAA